GGCGCUAGCAGCGUUAGCUUGUGCUGAGAGAACGACGGUGUUUUGUUGGGACGUUCGUGAUGUUUGUGGACAGAAAUGUAGCGAUACGUGGUUCGGUUCCGAACAAUCCUCUUUAGCUAAAGUGUCGUAAAUGAGUGAAUGCGUGUUGAACGUAAAGACAACGUGGCUGUGAUUGUGAGACUAGCAGAUGAUCGGAGCUGCUGCUGUUCAGAGGACUUUGGUGUUUGUUGGAGCUGAAGAUCUUCUGCAGCUGCAGGAACCAUGUCUUCAGAACCUCAGGAAGAUUCUCACAGAGAACAACUUUCUGCUGCUGAAGGAACCAUCGUCCAGAACGAGGAGGAGCUCUGUGGUCAGAGAGGACUGAUCUGCUGGAACCCGGAGCUUCAGCUCCACGUUGUCGUCCUCCCCCAGGGUUAUGUGACUGAUCUUUGCAACCAACAGAGGAAUGUAUCAGUUGAACUGCAAGAACUAGACCCUACACAGAUUAAAGAAGAACCGGAGGAACAAGACGCUACACAGAUUAAAGAAGAACCAGAGGAACAAGAACCCACACAAAUUAAAGAAGACCAGGAGGAACAAGAAACUCCACAGAUUAAAGAAGACCAGGAGGAACAAGAACCUCCACAGAUUAAAGAAGACCAGGAGGAACAAGAACCUCCACAGAUUAAAGAAGAUCAGGAGGAACAAGAACCUCCACAGAUUAAAGAGGAGAAGCAGGAAGAACCACAACCUCUACUGACAAAGCAGGAGCAAGAAGGGUUCUGCAUCAGUCAGGAUGAAGAGCAGCUUGAUCUAAAGCAAGAGACUGAAACCUUGAUGGAGAUUCCUACUUAUGAGGGAAAUGGUCACAGUGAAGGAGAUCUAAACCAUCUGCAGAGCUUUAAUGUAUCACCAUCAACUACUGUUGUAGAGACAGACCCACAGAAAGGAGAUCAAGUGAGAAGAGACAGAUGUCAGGUCCAAAAUGUGGACAGCCCUAACACAUCUGGAAGUAGGUCUGUUUCUGAUAUUUGCAAUAAUUCAAGAAAGAUAUAUAUAGUUAUGGAAUGCAAACAAUCCCCAAAAGAAAACGAACUUACUUCUGUCACGUCUGGUAAAAGAACCAGAAUUGCACAAGAACCUUAUGUCUCUGAAGAAUGUGAUGAAACUUCUGGUAAUAAGUUCAGAAAUCACUCGAGCGUCCAAACAAAAAGGAUUUCUUGUAUAGAAUGUAAUAAAAAAUUUAGUAGUGUGACUUGUCUCAAAACACACAUUAGAACUCACACACAGCCCUUUUCUUGUAAUAAAUGUGAUAAAAGUUUUACUCAAAGUGUUGAUCUUAGAUCGCACUUGAAAACUCAUGCAAAAGUGACAAUUUUUUCUUGUGAUAUAUGUGACGACAGUUUUGGUACAAAAUCGAGUCUCAAAGCACACAAGAAAAUUCAUGAAAGACAAAGACGUUUUUCUUGUAAGGAAUGUGAUGAAAGUUUUACUCGAGUUCUUGAUCUUAAAGCGCACAUGAGAACUCAUCCAAGAGUGAAGCUUUUUUCUUGUAGUAAAUGUGAUAACAGUUUUAGUGAAAAAUCUAGUCUUAAAGCACACAUGAGAACUCAUGAAGAAGAAAAACGUUUUUCUUGUAACGAAUGUGAUGAAACUUUUACUCAAGUUGAUAAUCUUAAAGCACACAUGAGAACUCAUGAGGAAAGGCCUUUUUCUUGUAACGAAUGUGAUGAAAGUUUUACUCGAAUUGUUCAUCUUAAAUCGCACAUGAGUACUCAUUCAAGAGAAAGGCCUUUUUUUGGGAAAGUUGUAAUCAAGGACUUAGUGGAACCUACAAGACCCAAGAAACGGGAACUAUACUUUAUGGUCCGCAAAACAAAAGAAAACGCCUAAGUUUUGGAUUUAGGCAAGAAUGUACAGAGGCAAUUCAAAGUGCUUUACAUGAAACAAUUGAAAGAAAUAGUAAACUAAAAUAGCAAAGUUUAAGAAAACUAGAUUUUUUUUCAAAAAGGGAAAUGUUUGGUAUUGCUGGGGUCCACCGUAAUCAAUUAAUUCACUCCAAACACUUGUUAAAGGUUUUCUGAGCCUUUAAAUGGUUUCUUAGUCUGAGUUAGUACAAUACAAUAGAUUGUGCUGACGACCUGUGUGGAGAUUCCUUCAUUUUCCACCAGGACUUUGAUGAUUCCAACUCUGCUAAAAGUACAGACAAUUUCUUCCAAUAACCAUGAUGUUACUGUGUUUGAUUAACCAGCAAAAUUCCCUGACUUGAACGUGAUUUAAAACACAAAAAUCUUUUAGGAAGAUUACACAUCAGAUCCAACAAUGAAGAUGACUUAACAUCACCUGUAGAAUCAUCCUGAGCUUUCAUUACAUGUACACAAAACCACGGGCUGACGAAAUAUGUGGCAUUAAUAUGGUAAUUCAGUUGAAAAUAAAUCAACAAAUGUUUUUUUUUAUUUUACUUUAUGGGAACUCUAUUAUUAUGUUAAUAUUGUUUAUGGUUAUUGACAUUACUGACAUUUAUAUAAUUUGAUAUGGUUAGUAUCUGAACUUGUAUUUAGAUAAAUGACUAUCGCAACCAUGUAUCAUUGUCAAAUUAUGCAGAUUAUUGAGGGGAAGGGAUUUAAAAAAAUGCUUCUUCCCUUCCUGUUUCAAGCAUCAACGGUGUAGUUUAUAUAAUAGAAAAUAAGGAUAUCAGAGGUACAAGGAUGUAUACUCUCUGAAUCUGAUUGUGACUUAAUUUUGGUUAUUUGUAUAUCUGAUGGUUCUAUGUUGGUUGAAUUGUGUUGUAAUUGACCAUGCUUGAAACAAUUAAUAAACUCGAACUUUUGUUA